AUGGCAAAGAAAAGGUGCUGGCUUGGUUGGGUGAGGAGGCUCUUUGUCUCUGAGCAAAAACCAAAAGCAGAAAAGAAAUCAAAGAGUUGGAAAUGGGUUCUUGGAGGGCUCAAAGUCAAACAAUGCCCUGCACUUCCAGCGCCACAGGUCAAUGAAGCAACAGAAACACAGAGGAAGUAUGCUUUGACUGUUGCCCUUGCAACAGCAGCUGCAGCUGAGGCUGCCGUUGCUGCUGCUCAUGCUGCAGCUGAGGUUGUCCGGCUCACGGGUGCUUCACAGCCUUCCCACCAUUUCACCAAGGGAGUCGAAACUUUGGCUGCCAUUAAGAUACAGAGCGCUUUCCGUGCAUACCUUGCAAGGAAAGCCUUGCGAGCACUAAAAGGAUUGGUGAAGCUUCAAGCCAUUGUUCGUGGACAAGCUGUGAGACGCCAAGCAGUCAUCAAAUUGAAGCAUCUGCCAUCAAAAGCAAAAAGGCGGUCAGAGGUCCAGGCAAAAGGUAUUGCCUCUGCAAAUGGAGUUUGUAAAAAUGGUGAAAAUAAACAGUUCAUCAAGUCAAAGCAGGAGGUGCGAGAGAAGGAAAAUAAGGGGAAGAACCAUAAAAAGGAUACGCAACCAGUUCAUAUGCUUGAGUUCAACAGCCAAAGAAGUUGGGAUUAUAGCAUGCUUUCAAAGGAAGAUGUGGAAGCUCUGUGGUUUAAAAAGCAAGAGGCUAACAUCAAAAGAGAUCGAAUGAUGAAAUACUCAUUUUCCCACCAGGAGAGAGGGAAUAGUCUGCUGGAAGAAUCGCUGCUGGCCAAGGAAAGUGGUAGAAAGAGUCACCGGAUGGAACAGUGGCCAAACAAAGAAGCCAAUAGUAGAGAAAGGAUGGAGAAUUUGAAAUCAACUUCCAUCUCUAAUCUGUUUACUCGUGAUAUAUUCAGCCCUGCACAAAUUAAGACCAAAAGUACUCGGAAACAGGAUUUUAUAGAAGGAUUAAAUACCCCGGUGUCCUUCCCCAGAAGAUCAUUUGGCCACGCACGACCAAGUUUGGCUGGAGAUGGUAAUUCCUUGCCAAAUUCUCCAGUUUUUCCUACAUAUAUGGCUGCAACACAAUCUGCAAAGUUAAAGGCAAGGUCGAUGAGCACACCAAAGCAACGAGUAGGUUUUCAAGAUUCUUGCUUUGAGCAGAACUUUCCAUAUAAGAAUGGACUCUCUCUUUGGUCUACGUAUAAUGGUGAAUCGCUUGGCAUUAGAAGAAAGAGCACUGGUGCUUCUCAGAAUCUCUCUUUGAGCAUAAAUGGACAUUACUGA